AUGAGCCAAUACAUAUCCUCAUUCCUCAUCGAUCCCGUCGUUCGCCAAGCCCGCAGGUUUUCCCGUUCCAAUACUGAGUCCCCGCAUCCUACAAAUCUACGGCCAUCUCUUACUAGCAAUGAAGAGCCAUCCUUUUCACACUUCGAAUCUCCGGCGGCAGCAGCUACGGCAGUGCAGGAAGAGCCGCCUCAUGUGAACAUCGUGACCGAUGUGAAUCUCUUGACUACCAUCACUGGUGAUCCCGAAGUUGUCUCACCGACAUCUGUCGAGGAUAGAGAUCAUCAUGCUUGGCCACGGCAUGAACUGCCAAAUUCGACUGCAUUUCCUUUGGCAAAUACAGACAACCUUGAGCAUUCAGUGAAUCCAAUAUCAUAUAUUGUGACCGCUGCAGACGAGGUCUCAAAUCCUCUACUCCAUAGAGUACCUGAUAGAUUAAGGUCCACAACAUCCUCGUUCAGCAAUUCAUCACGCUCCCUUAUCGAUGCAAACAUGUCACCAGCAGAUGGGUCCGACCAGUCGUCUAGAACAAACACACCGGAUACUAGGGGUCGUGGUGAUAGUGCCGGCAGUGGAGUUGGAGAUAGAUCUUUGCCAGAAGACGAUGGAAUGGGCCCUAUGCGGAAGCGUAUCAUUGCAAUACAAAGAACCGAUAGCUCAAAUGAGGAGAAGGCGAGAUUGGUACAUGGCCUGAUGACGGAGAAGCACAAUUCUUCACAACAAAGCCUACACGGACCUCACUUCCCUAGAGCGCAUUCACCCGGAAGCCGUCGUAGCUCGGAUCGACCGUGGACACCUUCUUCUCCCAAGUCAACUGAAAGCUUGAGGCAAACCUUAUCACCGCCAACGUCAUCAUCAUCGAACGGUGAUGAGCCAAAUCCUUUCCAGCUGUCACCUGAUGACUUGAAACCUACAUAUUAUCAGAAGCCACUCCCAGUCUUAAAAGAUGGAGACCAUGAAGGAUCGUCAAUGGAAAUCGAGGAGGUGACGAAGGCUCUAGGAUGUGAACAUUAUAAACGAAACAUCAAAUUACAAUGUUCCGCUUGCAACCGAUGGUAUACUUGCCGCUUCUGCCAUGAUGCGGUAGAAGAUCAUAUGCUCAACCGGAGGGAGACAAAGAAUAUGCUAUGCAUGCUUUGCGGCUGCGCACAACCGGCGUCGGAAGAGUGCGCGCUUUGUAGCGAGCGAGCGGCCUGGUAUUACUGCGAUGUGUGCAAGCUUUGGGAUGACGAUCCUGAGAAGAGUAUAUACCAUUGCAAUGAUUGCGGCAUAUGUCGGGUGGGCAAGGGCCUAGGAAAAGAUUUCUUCCACUGCAAAACGUGUUGUGUAUGCAUGUCCGUAUCGAUUCAAGACACCCAUCGCUGCAUCGAACGUUCCACUGACUGUGACUGCCCUAUAUGCGGCGAGUACAUGUUCACGUCCCCUCAAACUGUGGUGUUCAUGAAGUGCGGUCACAGCAUACAUCAUCGAUGCUAUUACGAACACAUGAAAAGUUCCUAUAAGUGUCCGAUCUGCAGUAGAAGUAUUGUCAAUAUGGAGUGGCAAUUCAGGCACCUGGAGCGAGCGAUUGAAACUCAGCCGAUGCCACCAGAAUUUCAGGACACAAAAGCCUGGGUAUACUGCAAUGAUUGCAGCGCAAAGACAUCGGUCAAAUACCAUUGGCUCGGAUUGAAAUGCGCGGUUUGCGACUCUUACAAUACAGCGCAACUGCAGAUUCUCGCUGGCCCAGAUAGAGGUGGAGAGCCUGCACAAGCGCAGGAUGCUCCUCAGAGCAUUGCAGAUCCCUCUAUUGUCUCGAGGUCGAACUCUCGCGGGAGAUCUAGGCAACCCACAACCAUUUCGCGCCGGCCAACAACUUCCGCUCCGCCGUCAGGUAGCAUCCAAAGUCUCCUCGAGAGUAGUGCAUGGCCGAACCUACGGGACCGCAACGCACACUCUGUCGCUCCGGAUACUGUACCUUUCGCGCAGCCAAGCCCGGCGGCUAGUAGUAGUGACGCCGACGACUCAAUGGAUACAGAUGAAGACUGGGAGAGUGAAAUGGAGUUUUGGGGCGGUGAAAGUCCCAGAUCAAGACACACUUCUCCAACCCUAGAUCAUGAGAUGGCUAUUGGUGACGGCAGUGAAGAAGAAGAUGGCGACGAUAGCGCGGACGAAGAUAUGAGUGAUGAUGCAGAAGAGGAUGAGGCUGAUGAGUACAACCGAAUGGACAUUUUCGGACAUCGGUAA